AUGGCGGCCGCGACGUUGACUUCGAAAUUGUAUUCACUGCUGUUCCGCAGGACCUCCACCUUCGCCCUCACCAUCAUUGUGGGCGUCGUGUUCUUCGAGCGCGCCUUCGAUCAAGGCGGGGACGCUAUCUACGAUCACAUCAACGAGGGGAAGCUGUGGAAACACAUCAAGCACAAGUAUGAGAACAAGUAGUUCCUUGGAGGCCCCCAUCCAGGCCAGAAGGACCAGGUCCACCCAGCAGCUGUUUGCCCAGAGCUGGAGCCUCAGCUUGAAGAUGAUGCUCAAGUUACUCUUCAUGGACCACCGUUCGCUGUUGGCAAGAAACGGCUUCACUUACAAAACAGACUCUUUACCUUCUGCUGUGUUUGAAGUAUGUUUAGUCAGCAUGCUCAGGAAAUAAAUGUGAAUUGCCCUUGA